GUGACUGUCCUAGGCCGCCUUUGCCUUGCCCCCUCCCCCUUCUCGGAAACCCGGCCCCCUCACCCUUCGCCCACCCUAGAGCCGCGGUAAUGGACCGUUUGGGUUCCGGAAUUCCCUUGGAUCCCAUCUCUGGUACCAGGCUAGCGAGACCCGGCGGAAUCCGGUUUGGGUGGCGAAGGCAGAGGGGGCGGUCAAGAUGGGGGGGGCAAUCCGCUAGCUUCAUCUAGGAAGGAGGCGGGGCAGAGAGGAGAUGGGAUGGGGGGGGUGUAUGGGGAAGUCACGUGGGGCGUGUCGCGCGUUGUGUGCGCGCGACGUCUGACCCGUCGCCCCGCCCCCUCUUCCUGCGGGGCGGGGGGUCGGGGGGAGGGGCUUCAAGAUGGCGGCGGGGAGGUAGGCAGAGCCAGACGCCGCUUCUGCCGCCGCCGCCGCCGCCUCCGCUCCUGUCGCCUCCGGCUCCUCACCCGCUCACGGACCGGGAGAAGCUCUUCUUUCGUCGGGUCCGACGGGGAAAAUGGUGGAACCAGGGCAAGAUUUACUGCUUGCUGCCUUGAGCGAGAGUGGGAUUAGUCCGAAUGACCUCUUUGAUGUUGAUGUUGGAGAUGCUGGGCUUGCCACCCCUACUCCCCCGUCAGUGCAACAGUCGGUGCCACUUAGUGCAUUAGAACUAGGUUUGGAGACAGAAGCAGCAGUUCCUGUUAAACAAGAACCAGAGACGAUGUCUACUCCCGCACUGUUAAAUGUGAGGCAGCCUCCAUCCACUACAACAUUUGUGCUGAAUCAAAUAAAUCAACUUCCGACCUUGGGAUCUACAAUUGUCAUGACUAAAACACCACCUGCAACAACUAACAGGCAAACCAUCACUUUGACAAAAUUCAUCCAGACCACUGCAAACACACGCCCUUCAGUUUCAGCACCGGCAAUACGAAAUGCCAUGCCCCCUGCUCCUUCAAAAGACCAGGUUCAGUUAAAGGAUUUACUCAAAAAUAAUAGUUUAAAUGAACUCAUGAAACUGAAGCCACCUGCCAAUAUUGCUCAGCCAGUUGCAACUGCAGCUACUGAUGUCAGUAAUGGUGCAGUUAAAAAAGAGUCUUCUAACAAAGAAGUAGCAAGGAUAUGGGUGAAUGACAUGAAGAUGAGGAGUUUCUCCCCCACUAUGAAGGUUCCUGUUGUUAAAGAGGAAGAUGAGCCAGAAGAAGAAGAUGAGGAGGAAAUGGGUCAUGCAGAGACCUAUGCAGAGUACAUGCCAAUAAAAUUAAAAAUUGGCCUACGUCACCCUGAUGCAGUGGUGGAGACUAGCUCUCUGUCUAGUGUCACUCCUCCUGAUGUUUGGUACAAAACUUCCAUCUCUGAAGAAACCAUUGAUAAUGGCUGGCUCUCCGCACUGCAGCUCGAGGCAGUUACCUAUGCGGCCCAGCAACAUGAAACAUUCCUCCCUAAUGGAGACCGUGCUGGCUUCUUAAUAGGCGAUGGCGCUGGUGUGGGUAAAGGCCGGACAAUAGCAGGGAUCAUCUACGAAAACUAUUUGUUGAGUAGAAAAAGAGCAUUGUGGUUUAGUGUAUCAAAUGAUUUAAAAUAUGAUGCUGAAAGAGAUUUAAGGGAUAUUGGAGCAAAAAACAUUUUGGUCCAUUCGUUAAAUAAGUUUAAGUAUGGAAAGAUUUCUUCCAAACACAAUGGGAGUGUGAAAAAAGGUGUUAUUUUUGCUACCUAUUCUUCCCUCAUUGGUGAAAGCCAGUCUGGUGGUAAAUACAAGACCAGGUUAAAACAGCUUCUGCACUGGUGUGGUGACGACUUCGAUGGAGUGAUAGUGUUUGAUGAAUGUCACAAAGCAAAAAACUUAUGUCCUGUUGGUUCUUCAAAGCCAACCAAAACAGGCUUGGCUGUUUUAGAGCUUCAGAACAAAUUGCCAAAAGCCAGAGUUGUAUAUGCCAGUGCCACUGGUGCUUCUGAACCACGCAACAUGGCCUAUAUGAACCGUCUUGGAAUUUGGGGUGAGGGGACUCCAUUCAGAGAAUUCAGUGAUUUUAUACAAGCUGUAGAACGCAGAGGUGUUGGUGCCAUGGAAAUCGUUGCUAUGGAUAUGAAGCUUAGAGGAAUGUACAUUGCGCGACAGCUGAGCUUUACUGGAGUGACCUUCAAAAUUGAGGAAGUUCUUCUUUCUCAAAGCUAUGUUAAAAUGUAUAACAAAGCAGUCAAGCUGUGGGUUAUCGCUAGAGAGCGAUUUCAGCAAGCUGCAGAUUUGAUUGAUGCUGAGCAGAGAAUGAAGAAAUCUAUGUGGGGUCAGUUCUGGUCUGCUCACCAGAGGUUUUUUAAGUACCUGUGUAUAGCAUCCAAAGUGAAAAGGGUGGUGCAGCUGGCCCGGGAAGAGAUCAAGAAUGGGAAGUGUGUUGUAAUUGGUUUGCAGUCUACAGGAGAAGCCAGAACUCUGGAGGCCUUGGAAGAGGGUGGAGGAGAACUAAAUGAUUUUGUUUCAACGGCCAAAGGGGUAUUACAGUCACUGAUUGAAAAACACUUCCCUGCUCCAGACAGGAAGAAACUUUAUAGUUUGCUAGGAAUCGAUUUGACAGCCCCAAGUAACAACAGUUCACCAAGAGAUAGUCCUUGUAAAGAAAAUAAAAUAAAGAAGCGGAAAGGUGAGGAAAUUACUCGAGAAGCCAAAAAAGCACGGAAAGUUGGUGGCCUUACGGGCAGCAGCUCUGAUGACAGUGGAAGUGAGUCCGACGUCUCUGAGAACGAAGAAAGCGACUAUGAGAGCUCUAAAAACAUGAGCUCUGGUGAGGAUGACGAUUUCAACCCUUUCAGAGAUGAGUCCAGUGAGGACAACGAGGAUGAUCCGUGGUUAAUUAGGAAAGACCAUAAGAAAAACAAAGAUAAAAAAAAGAAGAAAAGUAUAGAUCCAGAUUCCAUUCAAAGUGCCUUGUUAGCAUCAGGUCUUGGAUCAAAGCGGCCUAGUUUCUCCUCUGCCCCAGUCAUCUCACCUGCUUCCAACAGUGCACCAGCCAACAGUAACAGCAACAGUAACAGCAGCCUUAUAACAAGUCAAGAUGCUGUCGAAAGGGCCCAGCAGAUGAAGAAAGACCUGCUGGAGAAACUAGAAAAACUAGCAGGAGACCUCCCUCCUAACACCUUGGAUGAACUCAUCGAUGAACUGGGUGGUCCUGAAAACGUGGCCGAGAUGACCGGCCGCAAGGGGCGGGUGGUGAGCAACGAUGACGGCAGCAUAUCCUACGAGUCCAGGUCGGAGCUUGAUGUGCCUGUGGAGAUUCUGAACAUCACGGAGAAGCAGAGGUUCAUGGAUGGAGACAAGAAUAUCGCUAUUAUCUCAGAAGCUGCCAGCUCAGGUAUUUCAUUACAAGCAGAUCGAAGAGCUAAAAAUCAGCGGCGAAGAGUUCACAUGACUUUAGAGUUGCCCUGGAGUGCUGACAGGGCUAUUCAGCAAUUUGGAAGAACACACAGGUCAAACCAAGUGACUGCUCCAGAGUAUGUCUUUUUGAUUUCGGAACUGGCUGGAGAACAGAGAUUUGCAUCUAUUGUGGCUAAGAGACUUGAGAGUUUGGGGGCACUUACACAUGGCGACAGACGAGCAACAGAGUCUAGAGAUCUGAGCAGGUUCAACUUUGACAACAAGUAUGGAAGAAAUGCUUUAGAAAUCGUUAUGAAAUCCAUUGUAAACUUGGAUUCUCCUAUGGUAUCACCACCUCCAGACUACCCUGGAGAAUUCUUUAAAGAUGUUCGGCAAGGACUGAUAGGAGUUGGCUUGAUUAAUGUAGAAGAUCGCUCAGGAAUUCUUACUCUUGAUAAAGACUAUAACAAUAUAGGAAAAUUCUUAAACAGAAUUCUGGGCAUGGAGGUGCAUCAGCAGAAUGCAUUAUUUCAGUAUUUUGCAGACACACUUACUGCAGUUGUUCAGAAUGCCAAGAAGAAUGGAAGAUACGACAUGGGGAUCCUAGAUCUGGGUUCUGGAGAUGAAAAGGUGAGGAAGAGUGAUGUGAAGAAGUUUCUAACUCCAGGAUAUUCAACCUCUGGCCAUGUAGAGUUAUAUACAAUUAGUGUGGAAAGGGGAAUGUCCUGGGAGGAAGCAACCAAGAUUUGGGCAGAGCUGACUGGACCAGAGGAUGGCUUUUACUUAUCAUUGCAAAUAAGAAACAACAAAAAAACGGCAAUCUUAGUUAAAGAAGUAAACCCUAAGAAGAAACUAUUUUUAAUUUAUCGACCAAACACUGGAAAGCAACUCAAAUUAGAAAUUUAUGCUGAUCUGAAAAAGAAAUAUAAGAAGGUAGUCUCUGAUGAUGCCCUGGUACACUGGCUGGAUCAGUAUAACUCCUCUGCAGACACCUGUACUCACGCAUACUGGCGUGGCAAUUGCAAAAAAGCAAGCUUAGGAUUGGUAUGUGAGAUUGGUCUCCGCUGCCGCACAUACUAUGUACUCUGUGGCUCAGUACUGAGCGUCUGGACAAAAGUGGAGGGUGUUCUGGCCUCUGUCAGUGGCACAAACGUGAAAAUGCAGAUAGUGCGGCUAAGGACCGAAGAUGGGCAGCGGAUUGUAGGUUUGAUCAUUCCAGCAAAUUGUGUGUCUCCUCUUGUAAAUCUCCUGUCAACUUCAGACCAGUCUCAGCAGCUCGCAGUCCAACAAAAACAGCUGUGGCAACAGCAUCACCCGCAGAGCAUCACCAACUUGAGCAACAUGUAGAGAACAGCGGCAUGCACGCGGGCUUGAGUGCUGGGAGAGCAUACCACUUGCAUAAAAAUCAGGGACAGUUUCCAAAGAAUUCUUUUUUUUUUUUUUUUUUAACUUCAGUUGUGCUCUCUAGUUAACUUGGGGGAGGGGGGUUAAGGACAAACCUGGAAAUAGGCAGCAAAGUUGACAGCAAACAGAGCAGAGGGGACAUGUGUCUUUCCUCCUGCUUCCUUGGAGCUGCCUGUGCGCUUUUACUUUGGGUGAGCAAAGCGGGGUUGUGUGUGUGUGUGUGUGUGUGUGUGUGUGUGUGCGCGUGUGAGCGCGCGCGUGUAUAUGUGUCAGUCUGUCUGUGAGUUUGUUAAAUGCUACAAGGCCACAGUUGGUUGAAAAGGCUUGGAACUUCCCAAACUGGCUUUACUUUUCCUUUCUACAGUGCUCAGGGUUAACACAGUACAUCCUUGUCAUUACUGUGGGAGUUCCCCGAAUGCAUGUGUUUCAAGUCUCUAAAUACUGAAUCUAUAUAUUGGUUUCUUUUCCAAGGUAAACAAUGUUUCCUACAGCAUGACGUGAGGGUGCGUGCCAUGCAUUCAGGUUCCUUUGUAGCUUUUGUUGAUGGUGCAUGUCUUUGAAAGCAUGUGUAAUCAAGAUUAUCACAAAAGUCACAUAAUGGAGAGAAACAUUGGAGAUGUACAGCAUUGGGUACUGCAUUUCUAGUGUUGACACCUGGGUGUUACUUCUAACCCUCAGCCCUGCCCGCUCCUCCCGUCCCAAGUUUCUUGUUAAAGUAGUAAGUACAUACUUAUUUUGUGAUAAAACUCCUUAAAAGUUCAUUUUAAUAUGUUAAUAGUAUUCCUAAUUUGUGCUGCAAACAUGGCUAUGAGCCUUAUCAUAAGUUACAUUUUCCUUAACUUAAGCGUAGUUUUAGGAAGAAGUAUGACCGGCUUCUGUCUUGCACACAGUCUUUUUUACUUCAUUAUCUGAAUCUGCUUUGUCAUUUAAACCGGAAACAGUACUUGAGUUGUAAACUAGACAGUAAGAAAGAAAACACUUGGCUUCUGCUGUAUGUUGUUGUGUUGUUACCCAGUAACUUGACUGUUGUUUAAUGUGCUGUAAGACAUUGUAGAGGUUAUCUCCAGCUGUUUAAAAUGGUAAUGUACAAAUGUGAAUAGACACUUAUCUAUAACAUGGGUAAGUUUUGUUUCGCCUAUAAUAGAUGUUUAUAAAAAAUUCAGUGAGGGGACAAUUGGUCUUUUUUUUCCCCAACCUCCCCUUGCCCCAUUUUUUCUACCUUUUUUUCUCUUUCUUUCUUCCUUUUUUUUUUUUUUUGCUUGCACAGGUUGCACUAUUGAAAAAUUGAGAUUGUAUAAAUCUGGUUUAAAACUACGAGAUAACAAAAUCUUGUAGAUGUUGAAUAAAAAAAGUUAUUAUACU